GGAACCCGCACCCGGCGCAGUGGCCCUGCCAGGAGCGAGCGCAGCCUUGUGCCCGCCGCCCAUCUCUUCCUUCGCCGCUGCUGCCGCCACCGCGGCCGCCUAGUCCCCGCCGCUGCUGCCGCCGCCGCCCCCGGGGCAUGGCCUGUCUGAUGGCCGCUUUCUCGGUCGGCACCGCCAUGAAUGCCAGCGGUUACACUGCAGCUAUGACGGAGCCCAAGUCGGUGUGCGUCUCGGUGGAUGAGGUGGUCUCCGGCAACAUGGAGUCCACCGAGAAGGACCUGCUGAACGGACACCUGAAAAAAGUGGACAACAGCCUCACGGAGGCCCAGCGGCUGUCCUCGUUGCCUCGGAGGGCGGCUGUCAACAUUGAAUUCAAGGACCUCUCCUACUCCGUUCCAGAAGGACCCUGGUGGAGGAAGAAAGGAUACAAGACCCUUCUGAAAGGGAUUUCUGGGAAAUUCAACAGUGGGGAGCUGGUGGCCAUCAUGGGUCCUUCCGGGGCUGGGAAGUCCACGCUCAUGAACAUUCUGGCCGGAUACAGGGAGACCGGCAUGAAGGGGGCCAUCCUCAUCAAUGGCAUGCCCCGGGACCUGCGCUGCUUCCGGAAGGUGUCCUGUUACAUCAUGCAGGACGACAUGCUGCUGCCGCACCUCACCGUGCACGAAGCCAUGAUGGUGUCCGCGCACCUGAAGCUCCAGGAGAAAGACGAAGGCAGACGGGAGAUGGUCAAGGAGAUCCUGACGGCCCUGGGCUUACUGUCUUGUGCCAACACGCGGACCGGAAGCCUCUCGGGUGGGCAGCGCAAGCGCCUGGCCAUCGCGCUGGAGCUGGUCAACAACCCUCCCGUCAUGUUCUUUGACGAGCCAACCAGCGGCCUGGACAGCGCCUCCUGCUUCCAGGUGGUCUCCCUGAUGAAAGGGCUCGCUCAAGGAGGGCGGUCCAUCAUCUGCACCAUCCACCAGCCCAGCGCCAAGCUCUUCGAGCUGUUCGACCAGCUUUAUGUCCUUAGUCAAGGACAGUGUGUGUACCGGGGAAAAGUCUCCAAUCUUGUGCCAUAUUUGAGGGAUUUAGGUCUGAACUGCCCAACCUACCACAACCCAGCCGACUUUGUCAUGGAGGUGGCGUCCGGCGAGUACGGCGAUCAGAAUGGGCGCCUGGUGAGAGCCGUCCGUGAGGGCAUGUGCGACUCGGACUACCGGAAAGAGGCUGGGGGGGAUGCUGAGGUGAACCCCUUCCUUUGGCACCGGCCCUCUGAAGAGGUAAAGCAGGCAAAACGAUUGAAGGGGCUGAGAAAGGACUCCGCUUCCAUGGAAGGCUGUCACAGCUUCUCCGCCAGCUGCCUCACCCAGUUCUGCAUCCUCUUCAAAAGGACUUUCUUGAGUAUCAUGAGGGAUUCGGUCUUGACACACCUGCGGAUCACCUCGCACAUCGGCAUUGGCCUCCUCAUUGGCCUGCUCUACUUGGGGAUUGGGAAUGAAGCCAAGAAGGUCCUGAGUAACUCCGGCUUCCUCUUCUUCUCCAUGCUGUUCCUCAUGUUCGCGGCCCUGAUGCCCACCGUGCUCACGUUUCCCCUGGAGAUGGGGGUGUUUCUUCGGGAACACCUGAAUUACUGGUACAGCCUGAAGGCCUACUACCUGGCCAAGACCAUGGCGGACGUCCCCUUCCAGAUCAUGUUCCCGGUGGCCUACUGCAGCAUCGUGUACUGGAUGACGUCGCAGCCAUCCGACGCCGUGCGGUUCGUCCUGUUCGCUGCCCUGGGCACCAUGACCUCGCUGGUGGCGCAGUCGCUGGGCCUCCUGAUCGGAGCUGCCUCCACGUCCCUGCAGGUGGCGACCUUCGUGGGCCCCGUGACGGCCAUCCCCGUCCUCCUCUUCUCAGGGUUUUUCGUCAGCUUUGACACCAUCCCGACCUACCUGCAGUGGAUGUCCUACAUCUCCUACGUCAGGUACGGCUUUGAGGGGGUCAUCUUGUCCAUCUACGGCCUGGACCGAGAGGACCUGCACUGCGACAUCGACGAGACCUGCCACUUUCAGAAGUCGGAGGCCAUUCUGCGAGAACUGGACGUGGAGAACGCCAAACUCUACCUGGACUUCAUUGUGCUGGGCAUUUUCUUCAUCUCACUGCGCCUCAUCGCCUAUUUUGUGCUGAGGUACAAAAUCCGGGCAGAGAGGUAAAGCACCCGAAUGCGCCAGAAGAAAGGAAAAUGAGACAUUGCCGCCAGGGGCAACUUGUAGAAUCGUGGCGGCCAGCCUGUGCCCAAGGACACAGGGACAACUGUGACCCAAUCCCUAGCCACCACGUCCGGUUCGUGGGUGCCAAGUGUUCGACAGCUCCGCCCAGUGGGGUCGGGUCUUCUCUCCAUUACCCUUACCAGCUUUAACUAGGAAGAAGAGGUAAAAGGAUAACUUUCACAUGCAGAAUAUAAAACUUCCAAAGCUGGGGCAGAAUUUAAACCUGCAACAAAGCUGGUGACAAGAGGCGCCCUCGGCGGCAUUCUUCCUCCUGACCAGGUCGCUCUGGUCCUGGAUGGGGGAUGCAGGCAGCCUCUCCGCUGGCCGCUGUGCAGUUACGUCCUGGGGGAGAAAGGCAAAGAGGGAAGCGGUCCCAUUUUAUGACUUGUUUUUCGUAGUUUCCGUCUUUCUACACUUUGUCUCUUUUUCCAAUGGGAAGUCAUUUUCCACGCCAAAAGUCGAUGAAUUGCAUUCAUAUUAAGAAACUGUACUUUUUUGUACUUGUUGAAGAGAAUUGUUCAGGGUGAGCUGGCCUCAUUAAUGAACCUGUGAAAGAUGCAAGUGCAGGUUGAGAGGAGACUUUGGAACUGUGUGCGCUAAGCCGUACAGACGUUUCGAAAAGCUAAGCAAAAAGUUGGAAGGCGAAAUUGAAGGCAACUCUUUCAAAGUCUCUCAUUUUCCCUUUGCUUCUUAUUUUAAGCAAAAUAAUUUGUUUCUUUCUUCCUUACUUUCUGAGCAUCUUAAUUUUGCCUAAAAAAAAAAAAAAAAUUCUAGAAGAUCCACCCUGUCGAGUUUUUACAGCCAUUUUCCCUUUCCUCAUUAAUCACAUCAACUACCUCCACUGAACCUGGGAACGAGGGACUGAGGGACACGCAGGUGCGGACGUUGGGGGGGUCCCAGGUGCAGCCAUGAACGGUGAGCUGACUGUGCAAGACAGAAGAUACAGAGACCUCAUUAGAGUCCAAGGCCCCCCAGGAACCCGGCGGACACUUGGUGUGGCUGAGGGGUUUGUAGUUCAUCAAACGAGGCUGCGGGUGAGUCCGCCUCCGGAGACCGGUCCUUGAGGCAUUUCAGCCGUACCACCUGCUCACUGUUGGGUCCGUGUGGACCUCGCAACCAGAGCCCCUUCUUCCUAAGUGGCGCAGUCACACGAGUAAACCUCUCCAGGGCGGGAAGAGCAGCCUCUGACUUCCAACCAGGGUACCCGCGCGCCUGUCAGCUGUCAGAGGCUGCGUGUCUGCGGGGUAGGCGGGGAUUCUGGCCAAAGAAGCUCCUCGGAAGGAAAGUGGAAUUGUGUUCCCCUUCUAGAACAUCACUGUCCUGGAAUCAGGGCCCCCUCAUGAAAGAUUGUAUGUUUGUGGGCAAAUUCACAAACCUCUCUGGCCCACAGUUUCCUCCUCUGUAAAUGGCAGCACUAGCUUGUCUCCCAGGCCUUUGCAGCUCUGAAAGAUUCCUUGGUUCUCUUCCCAAAACUCUUAGUUCCUACUUCAGAGAAUGAAAAGAGUUCAAUUUUUACUUUGCCCACAAAUUGAAUUUGCAGAUUUUUAAAGGUCACUUUUUCCCCCUUAGAUCCUUUUGUAGUAAACACCAUCGAGGUAUAUUAAAAAUGUAAUUUUUUAGGUUUGCUUGUUCCACACAAAGAUAGCAUUGCCUUCCAGACUAUGUUAUGUAACCAGGGUCAAACUUAGCCUUUGUAGAAAGUCUUUAAUUUCAAGGUAGCUCUGCCUGUAAGACAUCACCCAUAGGAAGACCCACAUAGGAACAGCCUAGUGCGGUACGGAGUUGGGAAGAGGAGAAAAUCGUCCCUCACGCUCAGAAUUACAGCAGGCGAGGUCCGUGUUUGGAGACCUCUUCCCCUCCGGGUGAGCCCUUCCGGUUGCGGCUCUGUGGCCCGACUCAGGACGUGCACACCAGACACUGCCCUGGGUGGGGUGACUGUCCCCACUGCACGGGCAGCCUCGCUCCCGUCACUGAGCCCACAGCGGCGUGUCUCAGCAAUUUCCGAAGGAAACAGUGAGAUUCCUGUAGAUUUAAAAUGGCAGCUCCGAAGCCCUUGGAAGGAAUCCUCUCCAGAGGAGUUGGUGCUCCCAGCAUUUCGGUUUUGCACUGUUAGCAGAUUACAUCAUCGCUUCACAGAUGAGGGACUGACGGAGGCCUCCCCUACCCAGGGGCUGGUCUUCGGUGGCAUGAGAGCUGGCGGCUGCCAGGUGGGAAACCCACAUGCAGAGUGACCCAGAGCUAUCUUUAAAGGGUGCUGAGUGGGUGCAGCAAGCGUACGAAGUCAGCACCCCAGGAUAAUUUGCCUCGGAAGACCUCCAGCCAUGUUGAGCGAGGAAGCAUCACCCUAGGAUGUUGCCUUCACCCCAAUUCAACUGUCAGCAAGUGUCCCCUGCGUGUACGUUCUCAUUAUAAACCCUCAACAGCUUUUACAGAAGUGCAGCCGUUCAGUUCGGAUCUCCAGAUAUUUGCCCUCUGCUUUUGCUUCUGGGUAGUUUGAGAAAAUACCCGAUUCCAGUGGCCUAAGAGAACAUCCAAGCAGCUUACUGAUAUUUCUAAAUAGUGGUUAACAGGCAGGCAGUGAUGUGCAGGCCAGCUUCCCAAUUCCGAUGCUUUUCAGUCAUUUCUGAGUGCGGGACACAAACACUCCUUUCACCCCUGACCUCUUCUCGACAGAGAAGGAUGAGCCCCGGAAAAAGAUGAGCGGCUUCUCCGGAGGGGGGCUGAGCAGAGGCAGGAGCUCAGAGACUUUUGUUUUCAAAUGAAACUUGUCCGAAGAGAAAGGGGCACUUGGGUUCUAACCACUGCCCUGGCCCCCAAAGAUGGCAUCGGGGCCUAGUCCAUGCUGGCCAGCCCUGUUCUGGGAGCCCCUCACCUCUGUCCCCACAGAGAGUGUCUGUGCCCUCUCUGUUACACUCGCUGAAUGCCAGCUAGAGAAUUAAAUUCUCCCAAAGUUCCUGUGGGCGAGGUGGGAAGCUCGCCCCAGAAAGGGAAGAAGCCCCCCAUGAACAUAGAAGAUGCUGGAAUCAGAUUAUGUCACCUUGGGGGAGAGGCCUUCAGGACCAGGGAAUGGGACCUAUAAGUUUUCAGGUAGAAACUCAACCACAAAAAGGUCUUUCUUCCCACUCUGAGAAAGGCAAGGCCAGGAAGUUAGGGAUGGGCUGUGUCCACGAGGUCAAAGUCACUUCAGUUGUGUCCCCUAGAAAAGCUUGAGCUCCAGUGAGUUGAGCGUCUUCGUGAAUGUUCUGGGCGCUGCGCUGAUGCCUUAUAGAUUCCUCGAUUUGUUUACUCAGCAACGGGGACUGACCACCCCUGAGCUUGGCGGGCUUGGGGAGGGGCUCAGACGAUGUGGGCCAGCCCUCCAGAGCGGGCAGGCGGGAGGGGUCCCAUGACCGCAUCAUCCCAUUCAUUCUGGAGACACAGGACACCCAAGCUGGCAGGGGGGCAGUAAGGUCCCCGGUCCCAGGGCCAGGAAAGAGCAGAUUGGGAAUUCAAGCCCCUGUCUGACCCCAAAGUCUCUCUCUCUGAUUUUUUUUUUUUUUU